CUCAAAGGGGUUACUGUGAAGAUUAAACGUAAAGUCCCUUUACACAGUGCCUGGCACGAAGUCAGGGCCCAAUGAAAGGUAGCUGUUGUUAUCGUCCCAGGAUUCAUUUUAAGCAGAAGUCCUGCCCCUGCAAUCUCACCUGGUCGUCUGUUUUCUUCCGGCCGGCAUAGGAAACCUUACGAGAAAGGUUUAGGGGCCUGAAAAAGGUGACAAGACGGCAAAGAUGGGAAGUGGAGCCAGUGCUGAGGACAAAGAACUGGCCAAGAGGUCCAAGGAGCUAGAAAAGAAGCUGCAGGAAGAUGCUGAUAAGGAAGCCAAGACUGUCAAGCUGCUACUGCUGGGUGCUGGGGAGUCAGGAAAGAGCACCAUCGUCAAACAGAUGAAGAUCAUUCACCAGGAUGGCUAUUCACCAGAAGAAUGCCUGGAGUUCAAGGCUAUCAUCUAUGGAAAUGUGCUGCAGUCCAUCCUGGCUAUCAUCCGGGCCAUGACCACACUGGGCAUCGACUAUGCUGAAUCAAGCUGUGCGGACGAUGGGCGACAGCUCAACAACCUGGCUGACUCCAUUGAGGAGGGAACCAUGCCUCCGGAGCUCGUGGAGGUCAUUAGGAGGUUGUGGAAGGAUGGCGGGGUGCAAGCCUGCUUCGAGAGAGCUGCAGAAUACCAGCUCAAUGACUCCGCAUCCUACUACCUGAACCAAUUAGAACGAAUCACAGACCCUGAGUACCUCCCUAGUGAGCAAGAUGUGCUCCGAUCCAGAGUCAAAACCACGGGCAUCAUUGAAACCAAGUUUUCUGUCAAAGACUUGAAUUUCAGGAUGUUUGAUGUGGGAGGGCAGAGAUCAGAGAGAAAGAAGUGGAUCCACUGCUUCGAGGGAGUCACGUGCAUCAUUUUCUGUGCAGCCCUCAGUGCCUAUGAUAUGGUGCUGGUGGAAGAUGACGAAGUGAAUCGUAUGCAUGAGUCUUUGCAUCUGUUCAACAGCAUAUGUAACCACAAGUUCUUUGCGGCUACUUCCAUCGUCCUCUUUCUCAACAAGAAGGAUCUCUUUGAGGAAAAAAUCAAGAAAGUCCAUCUCAGCAUUUGUUUUCCAGAGUAUGAUGGUAACAACUCCUAUGAUGAUGCGGGGAAUUACAUCAAGAGCCAGUUCCUUGACCUCAAUAUGCGAAAAGAUGUCAAAGAAAUCUACAGUCACAUGACCUGUGCUACAGAUACACAGAAUGUCAAAUUUGUGUUUGAUGCAGUUACAGAUAUUAUCAUCAAAGAAAACCUCAAGGACUGUGGCCUCUUCUAAUCCUCACCAUUCCUCAGGUAUAAGUUCUAUAAACAGGCUUGGAAUCUGGGUAAUUAAAAACAGAAAAUUAUAGUCAAUAUACGAUGACAUGAAGAAUGAAUCCAUUCUUUGGAGAUGAAGUAUACAUGACUGCAACUGUGUUUCAUACAUUCUUUUCAAAGUGGGAUAGCUAGUGCAGCUUAAAGAGCACAGGCCAGUAGUUAGAAGACCCUCCAGGUUCCAGUACUGGUUUUCCAACUUAAUACAAAAAUGUGAAUACUUUAUUUCUGAGUCUUGAGUCUUUCAACUAUAAAAUGAAGAUGACUUCCCUGCCUACUUCACAGGGUUAUUCUGAGGAACACGAACAUAACUGAAGGGAAGGCACAUAAAAACUGCUUGUGCAGGCUGGGCGCAGUGGCUCACGCUUGUAAUCCCAGCACGUUGGAAGGCCGAGGUGGGCAGAUCACGAGAUCAGGAGUUUGAGACCAGUCUGGCCAACACAGUGAAACCCUGUAUCUACCAAAAAUACAAAAAUUAGCUGGGCAUGGUGGCGGGCGCCUGUAAUC